GUGGGAAUAUGGACGUGUAUUAUCUCCAUUGCGUUUUAGUACCUGGGGUCUCAAUGGUAGAACAAAUGAUGUUUGUGUUGCAUAUAUUGAACGGCAAUAUGUAAUUACAUGUUUUUUUUUCUUUAACUGCUUGUGUGUGAAUAUAUGCUUAGAGUUCGAAUUAUUUAUUGCUCUGUGCCUUCUUAUAAUACUAAAAAUCCAGGGAUGCUUGGUUUUGGGUAUCAGGUUGUCCAACGUUUCCAAGAAGGGACCGUAUUGGACCCGGAAAUGCUAACAUACAGGAAAGUUGGUGCAGGAAUUACGCACACCUCCCACUGCAUCAUUUUUCACGUCUCCUUUCGUGCACAAUUCCUGCACCCAAACAUCUGCAUCAAUAAUUUUUCUUUGGAACUAUUUGCCCAAACGAAGUGCAGAACUUGCUGCCGAGUCCCCACAAGGAAUCCUCCAAACACCGGACUGGUUCAUUUAAUAUGGUUUGUUUGUAAAUACCCUAAAUUCCCAUUUCUUUUUUUGUAAGUAGACUACUUAGGCCAUUACGAAACGCUUGGACCCGUCUUCUUCCCCUCACAAUUCACAAAGUCACCUCAGUGGAAAAAAACGUGUGGCGAGAUUCUCCAUUGACCCUUUCUCCAAGUCCACGAGCCACAGCCGCAGCUCCUCCACAGCGACGCCACCUCCACAGCCAACGUCCGCAGCGGCACAGCCAACGUCGAUCUCCACAACCAACGGCGCAGCUCCGACGACGCCAGAAUCCCAAAUCCCCUUUAAGGCUUUAACGUCACUGACUCACUGUAGACUGAACUCUACAUGGUCUCGCAGGGGCUACCGGGCACCGACCUUAAUUUUUCACGUUCCAAGAUAACAUUCAAAAUCUUUCCAGGGACAUAACUUCUCUUUUUGAUAUCUGGAGAUUUUUCAUCCUCUGCUGCUAAAUUGAAAGCAUGCACCUCUGUCCACCCUUCUUCAACCUGUAUGGUACCUCUUGUCUUGCUGUGAUCUGAACAGGACCGGAUGCCAUUCAAGUUGACAGGCUGUGUUGGCAGAAUUGACUGACCCAAUAGGGAGACCGAGAUACCUGAAACGGACUUUAAAAUUUCUGCAAAUUCCGAUAAUUCGAUGAGCUUCAAUAUAGGAAUUGAGGAUAUAUCUCUGGCAGUGCUGCAGGAACUAUGUAACAAGGCAGUAAUGCAAGCAACAGAGCUUGUUAAUGAAACAAAGGAAGUGGUGCUUAACAAGGAUUGCUUUCAGGAAUUCUUGAGGACUAUUUCUGAGCUUAAAAACCUGCUUGGUACAUUGAAUUUCAAGAAAGUUAUUGAUGCAACGGGUUCAGAAUCCACAAAAGCUGCAUUAGAGAACUUGAAUUUUCAGCUGAAGAAAGCCUGCAAGAUCAUUAAAGAUUACAAAUCCGGAAGCCACAUCCAUCUCAUAUUAAAGUCACACUCGAUGCUUUCGCAGAUGCAGGACGUGGCCAAAGAUAUUGCCAGCACUAUUUCUUCAUUUCAGCUGAUCAAUCUUGCUAUGGCUACCCGGAUCAUGGGCAACCUGAGCAAAAUGGAGUUCCAAUCAGCAGCAUUUGCAACAGAUGCAAUUGCUUUAGAAAUAGAGAAUUUAAUAUCCCAGGAAAGUAAAAAUCAGGAGCAUGCUGUAAAGCUCCUGAAGAAGAUUGCAGAAGCUGUUGGUGCUAAUGUGAAUGCAUCCAUGGUUCAAAAUGAGCUGGAACUUCUGAAGCAGGAAAAAGAAGAGAUGGAAACUCAAAAGAAGCAGGCAGAGGCACUUCAGUUGUCGCAGUUGAUACAGUUCUUGUACAGUACAGAAAUUGUUACGAUACCAGACGAUGAGAGAAUUGCCUCAUACCACCAGCAUUAUCCAAUUGAUUCAUUUAUCUGUCCAUUGUGCAAGGAGAUGAUGACCGACCCAGUUGCAAUCUCCUGUGGUCACAGCUUUGAGAGGAAAGCAAUUCGGGAACACUUCCGAAUGGGGGAGAAAAAGUGCCCUACCUGCAAACAGGAGCUCCUAUCACUGGACCUUACUCCAAACCUUUCCCUUCGAAACUCUAUUGAAGAAUGGAAGCAGCGAGACAUGGACUUAAAAUUCCAAGCUGCACUGGCUGGACUUACAUCAAAUGACCAUUCUAGACAGAACAAGGCCUUAGAAGAUUUGCAAGGUUUGCUGGAGAUGCCUUCAUAUGCAGUAAAAUUCGCGGAAGAAGGACUCAUACCAAAGUUGGUGGAGUUACUAAAAGACAAUAUACUAAACGGGGUGGCCACGCUAAAAUGCCUCUACUUCUUGGCUAAAUACUGUGAUAAUCAUAGGGAAUCCAUUGUUACAUCAGGGGCUGUACGCUGCAUUGUGAAGCAGAUAUAUAAAGUUGGAACAGAACCUGUUGCCAUUGCAAUCUUGUUGGAGCUGUCAAAAAGAGAAACCCUUUCAGAAAAAAUAGGAAGUACAAAAGACUGUAUUCCUCUUCUUGUUUCAUUACUCCCUAACGAUAACCUGGAUGUCUCACAGAAUGCCAACAAGGUGUUGCAGAAUCUCUCGUCCAACACACAUUUUGUUGUAAAGAUGGCUGAAGCGGGACACUUCCAACCAUUUGUGGCUCGCUUUAACCAAGGACCUCAAGAAACCAGAACAUUGAUGGCCGCAGCAUUGAUAGAGAUGCAACUCAAGGAGAGCAAUAUUAAGGACUUACAAAACAGGCAAUUCAUACAUAACCUAGUCCAGAUGCUUUCUUCAAGCGCCCCAGCAUGCAAAGUAGCUUGUCUCAAAUCUAUCAAAAAGCUCGUACAGUACCCCAAGAUGGUAAAGAGACUUCUGAAGGAUCCUGUUACAAUACCCCAUUUGCUUGGUCUCAUUUCAUUUGUCAGGUCUGAUCCGCAUGUGAAAGAAGAAGCAGCUGAGAUUCUCACUCUGCUAAUUGGAGCCAGUCAGCACCUAGAACUCGAUAAAUAUCAGGGUUUGCAGGAGCUGCAAUCAAAGCACAAUGUCAGUCUCCUUCUGCAGGGUGUGGCCAACUCUGAUCCUCAAACUAAGGUCCAAUUUUUACGCCUGCUGGUUGAACUCUGCCAUAAAUCAGAGACAACUCAAAACCUAAUUCGAUCAGAUAUGGAUGCAGUUGGGAAACUCUUCUCUUUGCUUCACAGUGACGAGCCCGUCGCAGUGAGACUGUGGACAAUGAAGCUCAUAUACUGCAUUUCUGAAGAUCAUCCGGCUGGGGCUCCACUACCACCUUCUCCUGUAAAAGAAAGAGCAAUUGCGACCUUGGCAUGCAUCCUCACCUCUUCACCAGAUAUUGAAGAAAGGUCCACUGCUGCUGGAAUCAUCAGCCAGCUUCCCAGGGAUGAUCUUAUAAUUGAUGAGAUACUCCGCAAAUCGGACACGUUAAAAGCCAUUCAUGAGGUGAUUUGCAGUGCUGAUGAGGAAAAUAAUGGAACCACGGCACCUGCUUGCCGUGGCAUAUAUUUACUAGAAAAUUCCCUAGCAGCACUUUUACGAUACACAGAUCCUAGCAAGCCUGAACUUCAGAGGCAAGUGAGCAAACUUGAACUGUACCCAUCACUAGUUCGUGUUCUCUCAGGGGGCAGCUCACUAGCCAAGCAGCGGGCAGCCAUUGCACUUGCCAAACUAUCCCAAUCCACGAGCCUAUCACUCUCUAAUGGAACCAUAACAACAGAGCAAGCCAAGGGCUUCACACCCCUGGUGCAUGGGAUCAUGAAGUUCCUACCAAACAUGUCUUGGUGUUGCUCAACCUCACCAGGGAAUGGAAUUUCAUGUUCUGUUCAUGGUGUAGCUUGUUCAGAUAAAGAUACAUUCUGCCUCGUCAAGGCAGAUGCAGUGAAGCCACUGGUACAAACUUUGAGUGAGACAGAGUCCGGUGUAGCAGAAGCUGCUUUAAUGGCACUGGAAACAUUGCUGACAGAACAUAGCACACUGUCUCGUGCUACUGCAGCCAUUGUGGACAACCAAGGAGUGGUGGCCAUUCUACAAGUCUUGGAGAAGGGUUCCCUGUCUGCCAAAGCUAAAGCCUUAGACCUCUUCCAGAAGAUUCUAAGCCAUACACAGAUCGCCGAGCCACUAUUUCAGCGGUCUGAGGGGAUCCUCAUCCAGCUUCUUCAGGAGAAUGAUCUCAAGAAAAAAGUAGCUUUGGUGCUUAAGCAUAUGAAGAUUCUUCCAGAACAAUCUUCUUACUUCUGAAUUCCUUUGAUUCUAUAGCAUGAAAUUACAGUUAAGAAUUGGGUAUUCAACAGUAGAACACCACAACGGGGUGCAUAGAGAGUUGAGAAAGGAGUGUGACUGUGCCCAAGAACUUCAGCUACGAAAAAUUCAGUAUUUUUCUUGGUGAGAUAAGACUACCAGCAUGCUUACUAUUGGUUCCAAGAAGACGAGAUGUACUGCCAAAAGUAAGCUGAAAAUUCGCAUUCUAUAACUCAGUGAGUUUUAUUCACAAAUUCAAAGAUGGAUAUGGGAAUCUCCGGGAACAAAACAACCAUAAUAUUGCCAACUAGCAUAUUUCAGCAAUGUUGCCCUCGUACAGAAGUCUCUUCCAUCUCCAAAAGGUGGGGUCUUGAGGUUUGAGUCCUUAUUGAUUGGGUGGUCUUAGAGAGGGAGUUCCCUCGAUCCUGCUUCUCCCACUCAACUAAUUUUGAAUGAGCAAUUUUACUCAUCAUCCUUACAUCACACACCACACUUAAUUUUAUUUUAUUUUUGUUUUAUUAGCUAAACUAAUUGAACUAUUUUACUCAUCAUCCAUUACACUACACAUUUGCUAAGGGGAAAAAAAUUAAAAAUUAAAAAAUCAAGUAUGGUGUGUGGUGUGUGAAUGAUAAGUAAAAUUUUUCAAUUCGAAUUCCACCUUUCAUUCAUUCUCCACCUGCAGCGGCAGCUGAAAUUAGAUUCUGUGAAUGAAGCCAUUAAGUGCAGUCCAAAGUCAACUUCGAAGAUAGACUGAGCAAAAUAAGAUAGUUACUCUUAUUUUAUUUCUUGGAAAUUAAAGUCUAGCGAUUGACAUUAUUUUGUAUGAUUUUCUAUUUUGUAUGAAUUGUACAAUAUGCAAAUUUACAUGUAAAGUCUGCUACACAUGGUCUCCAUUGUCAUCAUGGAUCUAUGGCAUUGAUAAUAUGGAUACAUGGAACUUGCAAAGUCUUAAUAAUUA